UGCAGUCUCACAGUUGUGCAAGAUGUAAUUUAGCCGAAUACACGUGAAGAUGGUGAAACAGUGCUGAAACCCCCAACAGUUUGGAGAAUAUUUGAUUCACAGAUCUAUCGGCAAGUUCACCGUUGUAUUGACUUUAAAAUUCACGGGAGUUUUAAACCGAACUUCAACAAAAAAUCGACAACAUAAGUGAACAGGUAUGAGUUCUCUGCCUCGACUUUCCGUAGCUCUAAGAGCAUUUGCCAAUGUGAGUUCUAAUAAAGAAAAAUCUGCGUCGGAUCUGCAGCGCGAGCUUAUAAAUAAGCGACAAUUACUUGCCAAGCAACACACAGAUACUGUGAGUUGGAAACGUCUGAAGGAAAUAAUCACAAAGGAGGCUGAUGUACCUCAACAGGAAGUGGACGGAGCUCUCAGAGAACUGACACAAUACGUCAAAGCUAUAGUGGGAUCAGAAGCCAGCUUUGAGACUGUAGAGAGCUCUGCAGCCUUUAUAUUUGAUCUUCUGAAGUCGGUCAGUAUCGUGGGGAAGAAAGAAACCACAAGACUGCGACAGGUCUUUGGACCUUUCCCUGCCUCUGCAGCCAGCAAUGCCUGCUCUUUGAUCAACAAGAUAGGGUCAUGGUUACCAGAAAAUACCCUGGAUUCCCUGGGUAACCAGGACAGACAGGAAGCGGACGGGGAGGCAAGCGUGACAGAGUUCGGGAAGAACAUCAAGUUCCAGGGGCUGAGGCGGGGUCAGACCCUCGAGGAAGAUGUGCUCAGUUCAGACUCCGAUGAUGAGGACAGAAGAGAACUUGACCUCAAGUACAUAGCAUCCCCCAAAAAACCCAUCGCACCCAAGAAAGAGUCCCCAAACAAAGACAGUUUUGACUCUUCAUGGCUACAAAGGGAGGUCACCCAAUACUUCCCUGGGGAGGAGACAUAUCUAGGAAUGAGUAAAGAGGACCUGUGCUCCACCAUUUUUGAUGUCCUGACAGCCUCCAACUCCGACGAACAGCUGCAAAAUGAUCUAUUUGAGUUCCUAGGUUUUGACAGAUUUGAACUGAUUCAGAGUUUGAUUCAGAACAAGCAGAAAAUAAUUGAGGGGGCCUUAACUCAACCAGAGGCAAAUAAACAAACAAGAGCCAAAGCUGAUGGAGGAAACCGCCCGCCCGUGACCAGACCAAACUAUGGCUGUCAGGUUACUGUACAGACGGAGAAUGAGCGUCAGAUGAUGAAGAUAAUGAGGAGGGAGGAGAAAAAAGAGAAGAGGAAGAAUGAAGAAGGUGAAGAAGACGUGGGCUUCCUGUUUGAUCCUGUUUAUCUCAGGGCUCAGAGAGAGGCAGCUCUUAGAGCCCCACAGCCAAUGUUCAGCGGAGGGCGAGGAAACUAUGCCCCGCGGGAGAAGUAUCCUUUUGUGUUUGAUUCGAUGGAAGAGGCACGGCAGUCCUCUGCCUUCAUAGGAGGAGUCAAGAUGGUUUUGCCGGACAGUUUCUCCAGGAAGUCCACCAAGCUGGCGGAGGAGGUCCGUAUUCCCCACACUGAGGCCCAGGCCACAAACGUAGGCAACCAGAGGAUAAAGAUUGAAGACCUGGAUGAGAUCGCUCAGCUGGCCUUCAAAAACACCAAAGCUCUGAACCGUAUUCAGUCUGUUGUGUUCGACGCAGCGUAUAAAACAAAUGAGAAUUUGUUGAUCUGUGCCCCGACUGGAGCAGGAAAGACAAACAUUGCCAUGUUAACCAUCCUCCAUGAGAUGAAGCAGCAUAUCUCCCAGGGUGUCAUCAAAAAGGACGAGUUCAAGAUAGUGUAUGUGGCACCGAUGAAAGCUCUGGCCGCUGAGAUGGUGCGUAACUUUGGGGGACGACUGGAGCCUCUUGGGAUAUCUGUUAAAGAACUCACUGGAGAUAUGAAGCUGUCAAAGUCUGAAAUCAUCAAGACACAGAUGUUGGUGACAACACCUGAGAAGUGGGAUGUUGUGACCCGGAAGAGUACAGGGGACGUCGCCUUGACCCAGCUGGUCAAGUUACUAAUUAUAGACGAGGUCCACCUUCUCCAUGAUGACCGAGGCUCGGUGAUAGAGAGUCUGGUCGCUAGGACCAUCAGACAGGUGGAGAGCUCCCAGAGCAUGAUCCGUAUCCUGGGCUUGUCCGCCACCCUCCCCAACUACAUCGACGUGGCCCGAUUCCUCCACGUUAACCCCUAUGUCGGGCUCUACUUCUUUGAUGGGCGCUUCAGACCUGUGCCCCUAGGACAAACAUUUGUAGGAAUAAAGGCAACGAGUAAGGUGCAGUUUUUACAGGACAUGAACACUGUGUGUUAUGAUAAAGUCUUGGAGCAAGUCAGACAGGGCUACCAGGUGAUGGUGUUCGUUCACGCGCGAAACGAUACAGUCAGAACGGCCAUGGUGCUUCGAGAUUUAGCCAAAAAUAACGGGGAGAUGGGAUUUUUUGCCCCGGAACAGUCUGCUCAGUAUGGACAGGCGGAAAAAUCAACGUUGAAAUCUCGAAACAAACAGCUGAAGGAGCUGUUUCCGGACGGAUUUGGAAUCCAUCACGCGGGCAUGCUCCGACAGGACAGGAACUUGGUGGAGAGGUACUUUGCUGCGGGACACAUUAAGUGUCUGGUGUGUACGGCGACCCUGGCCUGGGGAGUUAACUUACCCGCCCAUGCAGUCAUCAUCAAGGGAACAGAAAUAUAUGACUCUAAGAAGGGAGCCUUUGUGGACCUGGGUAUUCUAGAUGUGAUGCAGAUCUUUGGUCGCGCUGGGAGACCUCAGUUUGACAAGUUUGGACACGGAACAAUUAUCACUGCCCAUGAGAAGCUCUCCCACUACCUCUCUCUGAUGACACGACAGAACCCUAUAGAGAGUCAGUACAUUAAUAGUCUGACUGACAACCUCAAUGCUGAGAUAGCACUGGGGACAGUGACCAACAUUGAGGAGGCGGUCAAGUGGCUGAGUUACACCUACCUCUACGUCAGAAUGAGGUGUAAUCCUCUAGCUUACGGCAUCAACUACAACACACUGGAGACUGACCCUAUGCUGGAGCAGCAUCGGCGAGAUCUUAUCGUGGACGCUGGGAGAAAACUGGACAAGGCACAGAUGGUGCGGUUCGAUGAGAGAACAGGAUAUUUCGCCUCCACAGAUCUCGGCCGCAUUGCUAGUCACUUCUACAUCAAGUAUGACACAGUGGAGGUGAUAAAUGAACAUCUGAAGCAGAUCAUGACAGAAGCUGAUGUGUUUGCUGUGGUGUCCAAGGCACAAGAGUUUGACCAAAUUAAGGUGCGAGAUGAUGAGCUGGAGGAACUAGACGGCAUCCACCACGACAUCUGUGUGAUGCAGGUCCCCGGGGGGUCAGAAAACACGUAUGGGAAGGUCAACAUCCUGCUACAGGCCUACAUCUCACGUCACUACAUGGACGCCUUCUCACUGGUGUCAGACCAAGCCUACGUUGCCCAGAAUGCUGGUCGUAUCAUACGCGCCCUGUUUGAAGUAGCUCUAAAGAAGGGCUGGCCUGUGAUGGCGGGGCGUCUCCUCAACUUGUGUAAGACCAUAGACAAGCGAUUAUGGGGCUUUGAGAAUCCCCUGCGACAGUUUCCCCUCCUGACCAAUGAGAUCCUCAACAAGCUGGAGGCCAAGAAGAUGACCGUCGACAGGCUGAAGGAGAUGGACCCCAAGGAGAUAGGUCACAUGGUUCAUCAUCCCAGAAUGGGGGGAGUUAUAAAGCGAUGUGUGAACCAAAUUCCUCUACUAGAUCUGGAGGCCAGUAUCCAGCCAAUCACACGGACCGUACUGAGAGUGCGGCUCAACAUCCAACCAGAAUUCAAGUGGGACGACAAGGUACACGGAGCUACAGCUGAGUCGUUCUGGAUCUGGGUGGAGGAUCCGGACAACAAUCACAUCUACCACUCGGAGUACUUCCUUCUACACAAGAAACAGGUGUUGAGUGGGGAGGCCCAGCAGCUUGUGUUCACUAUUCCUAUAUUUGAGCCCCUCCCCUCCCAGUACUAUGUGAGGGCGGUGUCUGACCGAUGGCUUGGCUCCCAGAGUUCCUGUGCAAUAUCAUUCCAACAUCUCAUCUUACCAGAAAGACAUCCCCCUCAUACAGAGUUACUUGACCUGACCCCCCUCCCUAAGUCGGCUUAUGAUGACCCCGCCCUGGAGGCCCUGUACAAGUUCUCCCACUUUAACCCCAUACAGACCCAGAUCUUCCACGUCCUAUAUCACACAGACACCAACGUACUGCUGGGGGCUCCCACAGGGUCUGGGAAAACGGUCGCAGCUGAGAUGGCUAUAUUUAGAGUGUUCAGGGAAUACCCCAAAGCAAAGGCUGUGUAUAUAGCUCCAUUGAAAGCCUUGGUAAGAGAAAGAAUGGAGGAUUGGAAAGUCAGGAUUGAGCAAAAACUGGGAAAAAAAGUUGUUGAGUUGACAGGAGACGUCACCCCUGACAUGAGAGCUGUGGCCAAUGCUGACCUGAUAGUGACCACGCCCGAGAAGUGGGACGGGGUCAGUAGAAGCUGGCAGACCAGGAGCUAUGUCAAGGCUGUGGCCCUGCUGGUCAUUGAUGAGAUCCAUUUACUGGGGGAUGACCGAGGACCCGUGUUGGAGGUGAUCGUUUCCCGUACAAACUUCAUCUCCUCCCACACAGAGAAGCCCGUCCGUGUGGUGGGGCUGUCCACCGCCCUGGCGAACGCCCGCGACCUGGCUGACUGGCUUGGAAUCAAACAGAUGGGGCUGUACAACUUCCGUCCGUCUGUCCGCCCCGUUCCCCUAGAGGUCCACAUCCACGGAUUCCCCGGACAACAUUACUGCCCGCGUAUGGCCACCAUGAAUAAGCCAACCUUUCAGUCCAUAAAAACCCACUCCCCAGAGAAGCCUGUGCUGGUGUUUGUGUCGUCAAGGAGACAGACACGCCUGACUGCCCUUGACCUGAUUGCGUUCUUGGCCGCAGAGGAUAACCCCAAACAAUGGCUACACAUGGAGGAGAUGGAGAUGGAGAACAUCAUAUCAGGAAUCAAGGACACCAACCUUAAGUUGACCUUGGCCUUUGGGAUCGGUCUCCAUCACGCCGGACUAAUAGAGCGAGACAGGAAAGUGUGUGAGGAACUGUUUGUCAAUCAGAAAAUACAGGUUCUAAUAGCGACCAGCACCCUAGCCUGGGGGGUCAACUUCCCAGCCCAUCUAGUUGUCGUCAAGGGAACAGAAUACUUUGACGGAAAAACUCGACGCUAUGUAGAUUUUCCAAUCACAGAUGUGCUACAAAUGAUGGGGCGGGCCGGGCGUCCCCAGUUUGAUGACCAGGGUGUGGCCAUGAUUCUGGUCCACGACAUCAAGAAACACUUCUACAAACGAUUCCUGUACGAACCUUUCCCUGUGGAGUCCAAUCUGUUGGAGGUACUACCCGACCACAUGAAUGCAGAGAUCGUGGCAGGGACCGUCACCUCUAAACAGGACGCCAUGGACUACAUCACAUGGACCUAUUUCUUCCGCCGCCUUGUCCAAAACCCCACGUACUACAAUUUAGAUAGCACAGACUUUGACUCCAUCAACAAGUUCCUGUCCUCUUUAGUUGAAAAGGCCUUAUAUGAACUUGAAUGUUCCUACUGUAUUGAGGUGGAUGAUGAUCAGCGAGGUGUGCACCCAAUGACCCUGGGGAGGAUCUCCUCUUACUACUACCUCAAUCACAAGACCAUGAGGAUGUUCCGGGACGAACUCAAGUCCGAGUGUACCAUGCCAGAGCUGAUCGAGGUCCUCUCUAAUGCAGAGGAGUAUGCACAGUUACCUGUCCGACACAAUGAGGACCAGAUUAACAGUCAGCUGGCCCAGAAGGUGCCCCUGGAGGUGAACCCCCACACCUACGACUCCUCCCACACCAAGACCCACAUCCUGCUACAGUGCCACUUUGGUCAGCUGCCCCUCCCCUCCACCGACUACAACACGGACACCAAGUCUGUGCUGGAUCAGGCCAUCAGAAUCCUGCAGGCCAUGCUGGAUGUGAGUGCAGACGAGGGCUGGCUAGUCACCUCCCUACGAAUCACUCAGCUCAUACAAAUGGUCAUCCAGGGACGCUGGUACCAUGACAACGCCCUCCUGACCCUGCCUCAUAUGACACCAUUUCACAUCAGCUGUCUAAACAGUAGGCCAGGUGGAGAAGGUGCUAAGCGGAAAGGAUUUCCCAACAUUCAGGGUCCCAUUCAGACUCUCCCAGAAUUCCUAGCAGUGUGCGAUGGUAAAUUUGAUGCUGUCUUGGCGAUGCUAGGGGAGGACAUGACAAGGAAUCAGCUGGAUCAGCUUUACCAGGUCAUGGGCACUCUCCCUCAGGUCGAGGUCAACAUGGAGGUCAAAGGUUGGUGGGAAGGAGGUGAAGGUCAACAGGAAGCUAGGAAGGUCAGCAAAGCACACACAGGUGGACGUAGACCAGACAGUGACUGGAUCCAGGUCCAUGCUGACCAGGAGUAUGUCAUAGAGGUCACACUUAAGAGACUUAACAAGUUCAAGAAAAGAGACAGCAAAGCCCAUGCUCCUAGAUUCCCCAAGCCAAAAGACGAGGGUUGGUUUUUGAUCAUUGGAGACAUAGAGAAUCGCGAGGUGGUGGCAUUGAAGAGGGUAGGAUACCUCCGAGGUGCUUCCCGGCAGAGUCUGGCCAUCUACACCCCCGAGACCCUCGGGCGGGUCAUCUACACGCUUUACCUGAUGAGCGACGCAUACCUUGGCCUGGAUCAGCAGUACGACAUCUGUCUGGAUAUCAUUCCGGCUAGUAUAGAGACCCAGGUCAACACCGAAAUAUCUAAUGAACUCAAUGAUCUGGAUUUCAGUGACUCCUGAUAGGUGAUCUGGAUUUUGAUGAAUGUGAUUUUGGAUCUGGAUUUCAGUGAUUUCCUGUUAGCUGAUUUGGAUUUUGAUGAAUGUGAUUGGUAAUCUGGAAAUCAUUGACUAAUAUAUAGGUUGUUUGGAUUGGGAUGAAUGUUAUAUUGAGUGAUCCAGAUUCCUGUAAACAAGGACCUGCACUGUGAUAUUGUUACGUGCCGUAAAAUAAUGCUACAUAUGGGGACCGUCAAAGGUUAUUAAGAAAUCAUGUAAAAACUGAUAAUGUUUGUCAAAUAAAAAUCAAAGCAUUGUU